CUGCCCUCCGCGGCCUCGCGUCCGCCGCCGCCGCCGCCGCUGGACAGCUACUGCCGGACAGUCGCCGGAGGAUGCGACGCAGUGCAGCUCAGGACGAGGUUUGACAUUGACGACGAAACGGUAUGAAAUCGGAUGUUCUGACAGGAAUCAUUUCCAGAGUUCUAAGAACCAAAGCAUCUGGGCUGGAUGGAAUUUAGCAUCAGAAAAAGCUCUCUUUCUGUUCAGAAAGUUGUAAAGUGCAUGAAGAUGAAGCAAGCACCAGAAAUCCUUGGCAGUGCAAAUGGGAAGACUCAGAACUGUGAAGUGAAUCAUGAAUGUUCUGUAUUCCUCAGCAAAGCUCCACUUUCUAACAGCCUACAGGAGGGGGUCAUGCAGAAAUUUAAUGGUCAUGAUGCACUUCCCUUUCUUCCAGCAGAGAAGUUGAAAGAUCUUACUUCCUGUGUGUUUAAUGGAGAACCUGGUGCUCAUGAUGCUAAAUUGUGUUUCGAGUCCCAGGAAGUGAAAGGAAUUGGGACACCACCCAAUACUACCCCUAUUAAAAAUGGCUCUCCAGAAAUUAAACUGAAAAUCACAAAAACAUACAUGAACGGAAAACCUCUCUUUGAAUCUUCAAUUUGUGGUGACAGUGCUGCUGAUAUGUCUCAGUCAGAAGAAAAUGGACAAAAAUCAGAUAAGACUAGGAGGAAUAGGAAGAGGAACAUAAAAUAUGACUCUUUAUUGGAGCAGGGCCUUGUGGAAGCAGCUUUAGUGUCCAAGAUCUCAAGUCCUGCAGAUAAAAAGAUUCCAGUUAAGAAGGAGUCCUAUCCAAGUACUGGCAGAGACAGCCUCUUGUUGAAAUACAAUGUGGGUGAUUUGGUGUGGUCCAAAGUGUCAGGUUACCCUUGGUGGCCUUGCAUGGUUUCUGCUGAUCCACUCCUUCACAGCCAUACUAAGCUUAAAGGUCAGAAAAAAAGUGCACGCCAGUAUCAUGUACAGUUCUUUGGUGAUGCCCCAGAAAGAGCUUGGAUAUUUGAGAAGAGCCUUGUUGCUUUUGAAGGAGAAGAACAGUUUGAAAAAUUAUGCCAAGAAAGUGCGAAGCAGGCACCCACGAAAGCUGAGAAAAUCAAGUUGUUAAAACCUAUUUCAGGGAGAUUGAGAGCCCAGUGGGAAAUGGGCAUUGUUCAAGCAGCGGAAGCUGCUAGCAUGUCAGUAGAGGAACGGAAAGCCAAAUUCACCUUCCUCUAUGUGGGGGACCAGCUACACCUCAACCCUCAAGUGGCUAAGGAGGCUGGCAUUGUUGCAGAACCUUUGGGAGAAAUGGUGCACUCUUCAGGGGCCAGUGAAGAAGCUGCUGCAGACCGUGGGUCUAUGAAAGAAGAGGAUAUUCCCAUGAAGAGAAGGCGAAGAGCCAAAAGGUCUAGUUCUGAGAACCAAGAGAGUGACCCUGGCACAGAAAAGAGUACCCCUUCAAAGAUGGCAGAGGCUGAACCUAAGAGAGGAGUAGGAUCUCCUCCUGGUAGAAAAAGGUCCACAGCUUCUGCUCCACGGAGCAGGAAGGGAGACUCCGCAUCCCAGUUUUUAGUCUUCUGUCAAAAACACAGGGAUGAGGUUGUAGCUGAACAUCCAGAUGUCUCAGGGGAGGAGAUUGAAGAAUUACUUGGAUCCCAAUGGAGCAUGCUCAACGAAAAGCAGAAAGCACGAUAUAAUACAAAGUUUUCCCUAAUGACCUCUGCCCAGUCUGAAGAAGACUCUGGUAAUAUAAAUGGAAAAAAAAGAAAUCACACGAAGAGGACAGAUGAUCCUCCAGAAGAUGCUGAUGUUGGAGAUGCACCCCGGAAAAGGCUCAGGACAGAGAAGCACAGUCUGCGGAAGAGAGAGACAAUCACCGACAAAACGGCCAGGACAAGCUCUUACAAGACCAUAGAGGCAGCCUCCUCGCUCAAGAGCCAGGCAGCAACGAAAAAUCUGUCCGAUGCUUGCAAACCACUGAAGAAGCGAAAUCGGGCUUCUGCAACUGCAUCUUCAGCACUGGGGUUUAGCAAAAGUUCAUCUCCUUCUGCAUCCUUAACUGAGAAUGAGCUUUUAUGGGAGCCCACAUCAGUCAAGUUGGACUUGAAUUCAGCCGCCCUGUACUGCACUUAGAAUGAUGUAAUACCCCAAGAUGUCUGCUGCAGGUGGUGCAUCAUCGUAUACACUAAGUGACAUUUCUAUCACAAUCAUUUUAUGGAAGAUGUGUGAUAAUCUGUUUUUACUGGUAUUAAUAAACACAUACAAUGAAGAAAACAGAUAACAAAUUUUAAGACCAAGGUAAGAUACCCAAUCAAGGCCAUUUAAUCAAUCACAUUCAUCUCAUAAUAGAAACACAUUCAUAUCCUAAAGAUUAAUCUGAAGUUCAAGUUGAGGAGAAGGCCCCCCAGUUGAGGCUGUCCCAGGACAGAACUGUGACAAUGGCACCAUAUUGAAGAGUUAAUGCUCAUUUUUUCUCUCUAAUUCAUAACUUACUGAAUUUUUAUGGAAAAAUGUCAGCAUCUGUUCACCAUCAAUAAGAAAGAAUAAACAGGACACAUUAAGGGGUCCUUCGUCAACUAUUUUCAUGGCCAAUGAGAUGUAUUCAGUAUUGUAGAUAGUAAACCAGUUUCCCACAUAAAAGGCAGGAGGAGUUUUGAUUCUGUCCUUUUUUACUUGACAGUUUUACUAUGACACUAGACACAGUAGAUUUUUAGGGGAAAAUGCCAUUCACAGUAUCAUUGUGAACCAUUCAACUAAUGAUCCAGUCACUGAUAUCUAGAAGACACCAUAAUCAGGAUAUUUACAACAAUCACAUCAUCAGUUGCUUUUGUAGAACAUCAGCAUCAUGUUUUAAAUGUUGUGGUCCUGGAUGCCCAGCUGGGGCAUACUCAGUGCCCGCAUGUUUGCAUGGGAAGAAAGGCUCCAAUUGUCCUCAGCUCAAGAAGCAGAGCUUGUGCUGUGCACAGGUGUGUGUCCGGUGACCAGGCCGUUCCACACAAGACACCUCAGUAUUGGACCUGUGAUGAAAGUUUUUGAGAAAAAAUUUUGUUCCAAACCAUUAAAUAAUGUAACGCAUGUAAAACACAUAGAGUGCCUGGCACCUUGCAAGGACUCAGUGGUUCACUAUUGUGACAGUAAUGGUUAUUACAAUAAAAAUAAUAAACUCACCACCAUUCCAUUUUUAUCCAAAAGUAUAAAUUUUUCUUUGGCAUGAAAAAUGAUCCUCUUGACUGCAUCAUGCAUGUGUGGAUAAAAUAAAUCCAGAAGUAGCAGAAUCCUAGCUCUAUUUGUGUGACACAGUAGGGUGUUGGACUGUGAGGUUGUGGUCUACUAGGUCACUCAGCUGGCUCUGCUCAAAUGUAAUGAGAGACAUGACCUCAGAGAAUAUCUAAUGUGAGCAUUUUAAGUUGUACUGUUCUUAAAGGACAUGAAAGAUCUCAGGUAAAUUAAUUUUUUUAAAUAAUAUAAAUCACAAAAGUGUGAAGAAAUAUAAUGAUGUAGAAAUGGCCCUGGUUCAAGAAAUGAUUUCUCAAAAGACACUACUGAAAGGUCUUGGACAGAAAUGAAGGGAUUUCAUUUGAAAUUAGAGCAUGAUGAAUUUCAGGUGGGUUCCCAGGAUGCUAGUAUGCCUGUAUUCUAGUAUUCCUGCUAGAUACAAUAGGAAUCAGCCACAAGACAGUCACUUUGCUGUGUAGUGGGGAAAUGAGAACUUCACAACUAAUGGUGAUGUCCGCAACGUGGCUCAGUUAGUACCUUCUGAGUUUAGAGAGUAUGAGGGGAACAAGAGUGGCGGUCACGGAAUAUUCUUCAACUAGGGAAGACGUAGCCAGCCCACGUGGGGAUGGGUCGGAGCAGGAUCCUCAGGAUUCUGUAGUGAGUGCAGAGUAGUUGUCCUCCAUGUAGGAUUUUCCUGCCCCAAUAACCAGCAUUAGUCUUACAGUAAAUAAGCAGAGUUCCAUGUCAGCUCUUGACUGACCUUUCCUAGAAGAGAUGAGUAGGAAAGAGGUGACUCUUAAACAAGUGUUUAUCAAGAAGCAAUAGCCUGUCUGCUAAGAGUACAAAAAUUAUGUAAUAAAUUCAUCAUGCUACAAAUUUAACAUGGAAUUCCUUCAUUUUCUUUAAAAAUGUUAAAAAAGCAAUGCUACCUCUCUAGCCUUAGAUUUUUUGAACUGCCCAGUGUUGAGUUUUGCUUCUGCCAUACAGAGAAUUAUUACCAUUUGAUCCUAUUUGGCUUCCUUCAAACCAUUGUUUGUAUACUAUGUUUGCCUGGCAAGGGGAGGUAGCUCUCUGAUUCGAAAGAGGUGAAGACUUGGGUGAAUGUAUAAAGGUUUGGAUUGUAGCUGUUGUAACAGUGCAAGUUGACUGUUAAACAGAACAGCACACCAGGGAGUACACGUGCUGGAUAGAGGCCUGUGCCCAGCAGCCCAGUCCUUCAGGUGCUCCUCAAUCAGCCCCUCUGCUCCAGAUGGACUUCUACCUCCCUGGCAGCUUUUCCUCAAAUGAAAAGUGAAUGUUGUCCUUUAGUCACGAUGCCUUUAAGUGUAGUUGUAGCUCAAAACUUUAUUAUUCAUAUCUAUUUACAUCUGUGUUUCCCAACACAAAACAACUCUGAUAUUUUUUAAGAUGUCCUGAAAACCAACAAGAAAUGUAAGCAUGACAAGGAAGUAAAAUAUCAUAGGAUCUAAGAGAAAAGGGUUCCUGCUCCAUGCAUGAGAGCAUCCAUUCUACCCACUGCCUCUGAAGAGGUACAGAACAACCUGAUUCUGGCAUGGGGUGGGGAGCUUCUAAACUUGAUCUCUCAGCCAAGAUAUAUCUGAUUCUGGGUUUACUUGAGAUAGUUCACACAAAAGCACCAGAAAACUUAAAAUAGUGUUCUCUGGUGCUGGAAGGCAGAUGAGGGACAGGGCCUUUUCAUUAGUGGUAGGACAUGUCACAAGAAAAAUACGAAAAAAACAAGAAAACCUCACCUGGCAACAUGCACUCAUGCCAUGGUUGUGUUUGGAGCCUGUGGGCUGGCUAGAUGAAAUAGGUUACUAGUUCCCAUUAAGGGUCUGUAACACAAAUACAGAAAUGCUAUAUAAAGAAGGAAAUAAAAACAUAAGUAAACAUCUCAUUUCUCAAACAAAAAUUGGUGACUGUGUUUAUAUAAAAUUUAAAUGAUUAAAGAAUGCUCCUGAGAAAAGGUUUCUUAUCCUGGAGUGAUGGCCAGAACUCAAUUUUGUUCUGUCUAUAUCCUUCAGCAUUGGUGUGUAUUCUAUAUAAGCUCCUAGCUCACUCAGCCCACUUGAGUGUAAUGAGGAACCCCAAGUGAGUGGUUCUUUGUUGCUUUAUGUGGGCCUGAGAUGCCCCAUGAAAUCAUGGCUCCCUUCUUUAGGAAAUGUUUAUCCGGUGGCAGGUAAACCAUAGGGUCAUUAAUACUUAGUAAGUUUGCUUUGUUUCUCUGUCACUGAUUCUAAAGUACCAUAUGUCUUAUAUACAUUCAAACAUGUAGGUUGCUGAUCUACCUUGAUCCCUGCUGUUCAGGUGGACUUCUGUUAGGGACCCCAAGGACCCUUUGGAUUGCUAAAUGUGCAGCACCUUAUUAUCAGUAAAUCCAUUAUCCCAGUUUUGGAAAAAUUAAUUACCAAGGACUGCUUUUUAUCUUUGAGUUAAUAAAAUCCAAAUUAUCUUUUACUAGAGAAAAGGGCUUUUUCUAACAUGCUUUCAGAGCUUUUAUUGCUUCUUACUGAUAUUUUAGAAAGCUUUUUGGGUUUCGCUUUUGUUUUAAGAAACAUCAAUUUCUGUAUAUCUUAGCAUUUUUGGUGAUUGAAAUUGACUUUGUUCCUUUUAGGUACUGUUUAUUGUUAGAUUAUUAGAAUUUUUUUUCACUAAUUUUCAUGUCAGUGAUGAAAAAUGGUUAUCCUAAUACACAGAAAAGUAUGUUUGCAUUUGUCCGUGUACAAGAAGGGUAAGAGACAUGCUCUCUUGGGCUUACUAGCAAGGGUGUCUUUCCAGGAACCUGACAUUUUUGUCAGACCUGUGUGUACAUCCAUAUUUAUAAUUUCUUUCUAUUCCAUGUAGUUGUUCAGCUUUUAACAUAUAACUUUGGCAGUAGUUUUAACUUGCUAGCAUUCCAGGGGUAUUCUGCUUUUAAAAACAAGUGGGAUCAGGUGAAGUCCUAGUCUUGAUACAGGGACAUUUUACCAGUCAUGUGAGCUAAGAAAGCAGGUAGACUACUGGUUCUUGUUCUCAAGCCUUCCAGGUGAGGACACAUGGCUUGUUGCUGCAGCUGACUGGACCAGGCACCUGUACAGUCAAUAGAACAUUUAGAGAUCAUGUAAGGGUAAGGACUGGCCUUUAUGGGAGCAGUAGCUGUGCAGCUGACUGGCCACUACUCUCAUGUAGUCUUUGCUGCCCUCUUAGGCUAACUAUAUAGAAACUGGCAUAGAAUAGAUGAAUAUGAAGCACAAUGACUUUCUGUGGACUAAAGAGUUUUUUGGUUUUGAAUUUCUUUUUUCUUUUUCUUUUUCUCUCUUUCAUGUUCUCAGUAACUCAUACCUGACUUUAAGGAGCAACUAGGAGAAUUCUAGUCUGUAUUAACUUUAAUUAAAAAAAAUAUUUUGGAUUCUAGGAUUUUAGAAUGGUUGACUUAAUUUAAAAUUGUCUUAAUUCCACUCUUAAUAUUUCACUGUGAUGUUAACUGGAAGCCCUGCUUGAGAUCAGUCUUUUAAUUUUAGAUCGUUAUAUCUGCUGAGCACAGGAUUCUUACCAUUUGUAAAUCUAAAAGUCUGUGAACGCACUUCUACGCUUCUUCCUUUAUGAAAUCAUAACUUAAACAUGAAAAUAAUGUUGGUUAUAGAAAUAUUUAUUGUUCAAGGUCUGUAAUUGUGUUUUAAAAUGAUGUAGUAUUCAACUUGUGAAGGGAAUUGUUUUGUCAAAAAAAUUAAAAACUCAAUGUACAUCAGCCCACGGAAGGGCAGGGGUCUACUUUGUGGCCAUAGUGGAUAAACCCCAGUUGCACUCAUUGAGCUUUUCUGGUGGCCACAUAGCUCCUGGCAGUGGGUUGGAAGAUGUCUACUGGGUCACAUGAUGUUUGGUAAUGCCAUCUUGAAAGUCCCUGUAAUAGAUGAAGGAGAUGACAUUUCCUGUUUGUGAAGGAAUGUGUGUCUAAGGAAGGUAGGCAACUCAGUACUGUCACUUACUGAGUAGAGAGUGGAGAAAGUAUUUUCAAACUCAAGAAAACUUUGGAAAGUCAGGAACUAAGCUACUUGGAAAUAUGUGCCACAAGCAUGACCUUAGUGGACACAGGAAACCACAGGAAAGAAAAUUCUUGACAGUCUGUGUCCCAUCAGUCACCUCAUUUUUCUUUUUUCAAAUACAUUCUGUUGGAUACUGAAUAGAUCAUAGAUGUCGUAGACUGAGAUCUGGGACUGUGUUGGGACCAUUCAGGUGAUAUGUUACUUCCACAAAUGGCAUCUCCAAGUAAGCUGUCACCUGGUACACAUGGAGGUGGAGCCUGCAGCUGGAGUGAGGAGCACACUUGGCUCUACUUGCAGGUGCUUUGCUGAGCAGAGAGCUGAGGGACCCUCUUGACUGGGUAGGGGUUUCGUCCAUUUAUGGGGGAGGAUGUGGUGGGUGAAGGUGGACCUUCUACAAUCUGUCAUGGACUGUGAUAUUGUAAGGUCUAUAUUCUGUAUGUGGAUAACAGACCCAAUCAGGAAACGAGCCUUAUGUGUGUCAUUAACAUUUAUAUUUCCAUUCAAAAUAUGUAUUCAGUGUUUAUUUCCGCAAACAGACUUUGUUAAUUUAGGAAAUAUCUCCAAGUGGAAACGUGCUAACUUUCUGUAAAUCUUAAAUAAAAGGUGCUGUUCCUUCCUCUGA